AUGCAGACUGCUUCUACGAACAUUUGUGAAAGAAUUUGCAAUAAGUCCAUCUGUGAAAUUUCCUUGCUACUAAAUAUUCCACGGUCAACUGUUAGUGGUAUUAUAACAAAAUGGAAGCAACUGGGAACAACAGCAACUCAGCCACGAAGUGGUAGGCUACAUAAAACGACAGAGCGGGGGCAUGCUGAAGCUCACAGUGCGCAGAAGUCACCAACUGUCUGCAGAGGCAAUAGCUAAAGACCUCCAAACUUCAUGUGGCCUUCAGAUUAGCACAACAACAGUGCGUAGAGAGCUUCAUGGAAUGGGUUUCAAUGGUCGAGCAGCUACAUCCAAGCCUUGCAUCACCAAGUGCAAAGCAAAGCAUCAGAUGCAGUGGUAUAAAGCACGCCACCACUGGACUCUA